UCUCCAUCUCGACGACUUCGUUGUGAUUUGACAAUCAGCAGCGGUUCAGAGACCGCAAAUUAAACAGACAACGACGCAACAACGAGACGGAACAGCUAACUAAGUUUGACUAAAGCUUUGACAUGCCUGUGGCGUCAACCGGCAUGGUGCCUGCGGUUCCCCCCCAGGUCCUGGACACCCUGAGUGACAGCACCAGCUCCACCACGGCCAAUGACCUGGACCUCAUCUUCCUCAAGGGAAUCAUGGAGAGCCCUGUGGAACAAGAGAGUCUUGUGGAGACGAGGUUAGAGGCGGUGAGGGACAACAAUGUGGAGCUAGUCCAGGAGAUCCUCAGGGAGCUGAGUCCCUUCACACACCAGAGCAACACCGCAGCAGAGCUAACGCGCAUCCUAAAUGAACCCCACUUUCAGUCUCUGCUGGAGACCCAUGACUCCGUGGCAUCCCAGGUUUGUGACACCCCUCCACCCAGCCCCUGUGCCUAUACGGAGCCCCCCCUCAACAACCAGCCCCUGCCCCCUGACGCCGUCCGGAUGGUGGGCAUCCGCAAAUCGGCUGGGGAACACCUGGGCGUGACGUUUCGAGUGGAGGCGGGAGAGCUGGUGAUUGCCAGGAUCCUGCACGGGGGGAUGAUCGACCAGCAGGGUCUGCUCCACGCAGGGGACAUCAUCAAGGAGGUGAAUGGGACGGAGGUAGGCCAGGAUCCCAGGGUGCUGCAGGAGAUGCUGCAGGAGGCCAGCGGCAGUGUUGUGCUCAAGAUACUCCCAAGCUACCAGGAAGGCCACUCCCCGGGACAGGUGUUUGUGAAGUGUCACUAUGAGUAUGAUCCAGCCAAUGACAACCUGAUCCCUUGUAAAGAGGCGGGGCUUAAGUUCUACACCGGGGACAUCCUGCAGAUUGUCAACCAGGAUGAUGUUAACUGGUGGCAGGCUCGUCGUUGUGUGGAGGGAGGCAGUGCUGGACUGAUCCCCAGCCAGCUGCUGGAGGAGAAAAGGAAAGCCUUUGUCAAGAGAGAUGUGGAGCUUGUCUCUGCAGGAAAUCUUUGUACUGGAGUGGCGGGUAAGAACAAAAAGAAAAAGAUGAUGUAUCUCACUACAAAGAAUGCAGAGUUUGACAGGCACGAGUUGCUGAUCUAUGAAGAGGUUGCCAAGGUUCCCCCGUUCCGCAGGAAGACGUUGGUUCUGAUCGGCGCUCAGGGCGUGGGCCGCCGCAGCCUGAAGAACAAACUGCUGCUGUCCGACCCACGUCACUAUGGCACCACCAUACCCCACACCUCCAGGAAGCCCAAGCCCGGUGAGCGGGAGGACCAGAUGUAUGCAUUCACCUCGCGCAGCAACAUGGAGGCGGACAUCAAGAACGGGCGAUACCUGGAGCACGGCGAGUAUGAGGGCAACCUCUACGGCACCAAGAUAGACUCCAUCCACGAGGUGGUUGAGGCCGGACGAAUCUGUGUACUGGACCCCAACCCUCGGGCCCUGAAGGUACUGCGGACAUCUGAGUUCCUGCCAUAUGUGGUUUUCAUCAAGGCCCCUGACUUGGAGGUCGUCAAGGCCAUGAACCAGUCGGGCAUUGAGGCGGGGGUGGUCACUAAGCAGCUAACGGAUGCUGAGCUGAAACGAACGGUUGAUGAGAGCACCCGCAUUGAGGGGGCCUACGGUCACUACUUUGACCUCACUAUUGUCAACGAUAACCUGGAAGAGAGCUACAUGAACAUGAAGUCGGCCCUGGAGAAGGUUUCUGCCACUGCUCAGUGGGUCCCUGUCACUUGGGUCUUCUAGUGGUAGGCAGACGGAGAGGAGGAUGGUGUUGAACAUCUCCCUCAUUCUCACCAGAUGUUGUGCCAUCUGGCUCAUCGUCACAGUGACCUCUGAACUCUGACCUGUGGAACCCAUACAUAAGACUGGACUGACAGCAUUGUUUUUGCUGUGUAUGUAUUUAUUUUGGACAUUUGUCAAUCAAAUUUCAAGAUGUUUUCUUGUUUGGGGAUUCUAGUUUGGUUGUGUGUGUGUUUGUGUGUGUGUGUGUGUGUGUGUGUGUGUGUGUGUGUGUGUGUGUGCGUGUGUGUGCGCGUGUGUGUGUGCGUGCGUUUGUCUGUGUGUUGGUCAGCAAUAUAAUUAUUUCGUUUUUACCGUAGGUCUCACACACAGACAUACACUCGCACACACAUACUAAGCCACUGGUGUAAUUCCCCAAAUUCUAUUUUUAUUACUACAUUCUAUUUUUUACAGGUCGUUCUAGUUGACACACUUUGACACUUACAGUACGGUUGUAGUUUUCUUUCCUAUCAUUUAAAAAACUUCAAAGUAUGAACAGUCUUAAUAUUUAUUAAGAUAGCGUGCAGAUGAAUAUAGAGAUAUAUGGUGUUGAUAUUUAUGUGACUUUACAAAUACCAACAUUCAUUAUCUUUUCAGAAAGUCCCUAUUCUCAGCCCAUCUCUCUUCUGUUUUAUAGGAACUAUUUCUUCCCAGGUCUUGUCUACCAUUAAGUUGACCUUUGUAAUCCACAUUAAAUGAAAUAGAAAUACUGUUAAAUACCUGCAGUUAUAAACCAUCAGUAAGGAACAGACAAAGUACAAUCCAAGGGCCGUUUAUUUUGUCACUGGGCAGGCCUCUGGUUUAUUAGUUUUUUUUUUUUUGAUGUUUUUCAAAACAUUUCAUUACAGGGGAUUGUUUUUAUGACGGCAAUACAGGAUGGACAUAGUAUUGAGCCCAUUGAAAUCGAUGCACCCCUGACAUGGGGGAAUUUGGUGCUAAUUAGAUUGGGGACUGAAACCUGAUGCCAAAUGGAACCCGGUCAUAUUAAACAGACACACAACAGAAGCAAACGGCCCGAGGCAUGCUACUUGUUCAAGAAUACAAAAUUGACCUUCUUAUUCUGCUGUGAAACAUGCGUUUUGCUGUGGGGUCCUUGAUGAAUAUGACCCUGGAAACUCCAUACUAACAACACACAACAAUGAAUCGUUUGUCUAGUCCAAAUUAGUUAAAGGUCAUAGUUUGUUUCUUCUAGUGUGGUUUAAAUCACGCUCAUGUGUGCUUGGAAUUUUUCAAGUCAGAGAUUACAGUUAAUCAAAUGUAUGAUGCUUCUGUUUCUAAAUAUGUUUGUGAAUUUAGAGAUGCUGUAGCAUGGAAGCUAACUGCAGUAACAGUGCAUUGUUUGUAGGACAAAAUUAAGAAUAUAAAAUCAACGAGUCA